AUGGUUACCUUUAUCUUACAAUUAUUCUGUAGCGCAUUGGUCAUAUUCGGGCGCACUUAUGUCCAAGCUGCUAGUGACGACGCCAAUUCCAGCACCCCUGCUAUUGAGAUUUCUGGGAAUAAAUUUUUCUACUCUAAUAAUGGAUCUCAGUUUUAUUUGAGGGGUAUUGCAUAUCAGGCGGAUACUGCCAAUUCCACUGAGACUACUAUCAAUGAUCCUUUGGCCGACUAUGACUCUUGUAAGAGGGAUUUGCCAUACUUGGUAGACCUCUACACCAACGUGCUUCGUGUGUAUGCGAUUAACACUUCGCUUGAUCAUUCCGAUUGUUUGAAUUUGUUCCAAGAGAACGGUAUUUAUAUUAUUGCCGAUCUUUCUGAACCAGCCGAUUCCAUUUCUAGAUCAGAUCCAUCCUGGGAUUUGGAUUUGUAUAAGCGUUACACCUCAGUGGUAGAUGCACUACACAAUUACACUAACAUUUUGGGAUUCUUCGCAGGUAAUGAAGUUACCAACAACUCUACCAACACAGAAGCCUCGGCUUUUGUGAAGGCUGCCGUUAGAGAUACCAAGAAAUAUAUCAAAGAUAAAGGGUACAGAUCUAUCCCUGUUGGUUACUCGUCCAACGAUGACGAGGACACCAGAGUCGUCAUGGCUGACUACUUUGCAUGCGGUGAUGAAGAUGUGAAGGUUGAUUUCUAUGGUAUCAACAUGUAUGAAUGGUGUGGUAAAUCUACAUUCCAAGAAUCUGGUUAUGCUGAUAGAACGAAAGAGUUUUCCAACCUUUCAGUUCCAAUUUUCUUCUCAGAAUAUGGUUGUAACGAGGUGAAACCUAGACAAUUUCAGGAUGUUGCUUCUUUAUAUGGUGAUGAUAUGACUGAUGUUUGGUCAGGUGGGAUUGUUUACAUGUACUUUGAGGAGGACAACGAAUAUGGAUUGGUUUCUAUUGAUGACGAUAAGGUAAAAACCCUAACUGAUUACAACAAUCUAAAAUCCGCCCUUGCCAGUAUCUCGCCAACAUCCGCUACUAAAGAUAAGGCCACUACCACCAGUUUAGAAUGUCCUUCCACCGGUAUAUACUGGAAAGCCUCGACAGAUUUACCCCCAACUCCAGACAAUUCAACUUGUGAAUGUCUUGAACAAGGUCUUUCAUGUAUAGUAGCCGACGAUGUUGCUACUAAAGAUUAUGCUGAUUUGUUUGGUAUUGUAUGUGCGGACAUAGAUUGUUCAGAUAUCACAAACAAUGCAACAACUGGUAAAUAUGGGGCAUACUCUUUCUGUGACUCAAAAACUAAACUUUCCUACCUUUUGAACAAGUAUUACGAAGAAAAUGAUAAAAACGAAUCUGCUUGUUCGUUCAGCGGUUCAGCUACACUUGUGUCAGCUUCAAGCACUGCCUCAAGCUGUAAUGCUGUCCUAUCAUCAGCAACUGCAAAUGCCUCCGGAGGUUCCAGUUCUGGAACCAGCAGUAGCAGUGGAUCUAGCUCAAGUUCUUCCUCUUCCUCAUCAUCAUCGAAAUCAUCUUCUUCUGCUUCAAACUUGGAAGUGAGAAAAUCAGGGACCUCCUUUGCUGCGCUUAUGGUGUGCACCAUCUUUUUCAUUGCUGUCGAAUGCAGUGUAAUAUUAGUUUGA